GUGACGCGGGUCGCACGGAGCCAGGGCUGGGGAAGGGCUGAGCGAAUCGCCGAGGCUAGCGGGCCGGGCGCGCCUCCUCGGCCACUAUGAGCUGUACGAUCGAGAAGAUCUUGACGGACGCCAAGACGCUGCUGGAGCGGCUGCGCGAACACGAUGCGGCGGCCGAGUCGCUGGUGGACCAGUCGGCCGCGCUGCACCGGCGGGUGGCGGCGAUGCGGGAGGCGGGCGCCGUGUUGCCCGAGCAGUAUCAAGAGGAUGCAUCCGACGUGAAGGACAUGUCUAAAUAUAAACCUCACAUUCUGCUGUCUCAAGAGAAUACUCAGAUUAGAGACUUACAGCAGGAAAACAGAGAGCUGUGGGUCUCCUUGGAGGAGCACCAGGAUGCAUUGGAACUCAUCAUGAGCAAGUACCGGAAACAAAUGUUACAGUUAAUGGUUGCUAAACAAGCAGUGGAUGCUGAACCAGUUUUGAAAGCUCAUCAGUCUCACUCUGCAGAAAUUGAAAGUCAGAUCGAUAGAAUCUGUGAAAUGGGAGCAGUGAUGCGGAGAGCGGUUCAGGUGGACGAUAACCAGUUCUGUAAGAUUCAGGAGAAACUAGCUCAGCUGGAGCUUGAAAAUAAGGAACUUCGAGAAUUACUGUCCAUCAGCAGUGAGUCUCUCCAGGUUGGAAAAGAAAGCUCUGUAGCUCCCGCGGCUCAGGCCAUCAGGUAACUGGACUUCUGAGCGCUGGCUGCAGCCGGCUGCCCGUCAUGGAGAGAAGCAGUUACCUCUGCUCUCAGAAGUGUCCGUCCAAGAGUCUUGCCACAGACUGAUUUAGUGUUGAUUGGAGGUAUGGGGUGGCAGUUUAGAAUUGCCACUUGAUAUUCAUUGUCCACUAAAGAGUUUGGGGUGUGUUAGUAAAACUAGACAAGUCUCCCAUUGCUGUGACAGAGACCAUGUGUGUCACUCUGGGACCGGAAUCUCUAUAAACUGUUGUCUGCAAUUUGAUGUUGUUUUUUCACAGCUUGGAAACGCUGAACACUUUUAUUAUAAACCAUGGUUUUAUUUUAUAUAGGAUUAUAAGAAUCCCUUCUAAGAAUUUUUAAAAGAUUUAACUUUUUAAAAAUACAUAUUUGGUGUCAACCUGGAAAUUUUUUUUUCUUCCACUUAUAAAAGUAAGAUGAUUUCACAGAAACAAUUGGCAGAUUCUCUGAGUGACAUCACUCAUCUGUGGGGUUUUGAUCCUCUCCGGUGCUAGGAGUCGGCACUUCGUGGUCAGGUGUCUUUGCUCUUAAUUUGAGAGAAUCUAUUACUAGUCCCCAGGAAAUAUGCUUGAAAACAAGGAAACUGGGUUAGGCUUGUUCCUCCUCCUCCCCUCAAGGAUCCACAGUCCUUGAGAGAGUGCUGAGGAACUUGGACCUGCCCAGUCGUGUACAGGGAGCUAUUAGAUGUCCGUGACUGUACAUGUACAUUUGACUUAAAUGCCAAAAGUAGCUCUCAGAUAUCUGAGUAGUAGUCAGUUUUCCAUUAUGUCUGCCUGGGGAAUCUUCAGCUUAGGUAGUUGCCUCGUAUGAAGAACAUGUAUAUAUCUCACAGGUUUCCCACCUCCUGGCUCCUAGGCACUUUAAUUGACACCUAGCUGUGCCUCACAGAGCACCAUCGCCCAGAUGGUUUAUACUGGCAGCAGUGCUUGGCUGUCUUUACACCUACUGAGUUUUCACAUGGAAGCAUUCUUAUUACUCACAGAAAGUUACCACAUUCCUAAGGCCCUGCAGGCAACCAAGAACAAUCCUGAGGUCCUAAUAGCUCUCUACCAACUCCUUCCCGUCUUAGUUUACUCAUAUUUCAGAUUUAUAAAUAACCCCUUUUAUACUGUUUGCCCAGAUGGACUUUGAUUUUCAUUUACCAUGUUAACUUUCACUCCAUCUGCUCCCCUAGAAGUAUCCCCUAAGUGCCCCAAGUGUACUCCACAAGCCCAUUCAGGGGUGGGUGCCCUCUCCCACUUGUCAGCUGUCCAAACAUGUCUCAUCGACAGCGACAGUGACAGCAUUAUUAGACAGUCCAUUUCAGCAGUGAGCACGGAAUCCCUGUAUCUGCCUUGUGUUCCCUUAGCACUCGCUGCAAAGUUCUUUACAUCCAGCUUCCAGAAGAACCCCUUCAUUUCAGUCCUGAGGGCAGAGCAGGCUUUCGGUGCCCUGUGUCAUGAACUCUGCCUGGUAUUGAUGCUGUGAAGGUAUACAGAGCUAGCACACUGAGUGGAGAAAGAGUGUUUUACACUUUGUGUGAAGAUGUUAAUAUCUCUUGCAGUGGAUGGACGCAUUUAGUGUAUAAAAUAUUAGUAUGAAAUUAUCUUUACUAAUAAAAAUCUCUUUUUGAGAAGGUUUGCUAAU